CAAAUGGUGGUAGUUGGCUGGAUUCGACUAAGAUGUGAACUGUGGAUGUCGAGCGCUUUCUGGUGCAUGACGCAACUAGAAGUGGGCGUAAUUAUGUUAUAUAUCUAGUAUCGAAAGCUACAAACAGGCACAGAGGAACACUGGGCGACAAUUCUCACAUUCCUGUUUCAAGAGAGCAACCAUACGUGGAAACCGGGAGUCAUGGGUUCUUCCUCUUCUUCAUCUUCUUCUUCAUCUUCGUCUUCUACUUAUGGAAACAUCAUGAAGGUUGAAACUACUGGAGCUUCCAAGAAAACUGCGCAGCAGGACAACCUGGGAUACACAGGUGUGGAGGCAUCAGAAACCAUGGCAGAGACUGACAAAGACGAAAUGGAAAACUACAGGUCAAUAAUCUACACAGUAGCAGAGGAAUGUUGCAUCCAUCCAGCUCUCAUUGCUGCCAUCAUCUCCAGAGAGUCUAGGGCUGGAAAACAAAUUGAAAAGAAUAAUGGCUGGGGAGACUGGAACCCAAAGAGAAAAAUGUGGAACGCUUUUGGACUGAUGCAGGUUGAUGUUAAUCCGGAUGGAGGUAACCACACACCUGAAGGUGAAUGGGACAGUUUAGAUCACCUCCGCCAAGCAACUGGGAUCUUGGUUGAUUUUAUUGGCAAGAUCCGUGAUAAAUUUCCAAACUGGAGCAGAGAGGAGCAGCUGAAAGGAGGGAUAGCAGCCUACAAUAUGGGGGAUGGAAACGUCAGAUCCAAAAACGUUGAUGAAAGGACAACAGGUGGAGACUACUCCAAUGAUGUUGUCGCCAGAGCUCAGUGGUACAACGACAAUGGUUUUGACAACUGAAACUGUCCACAACAAGAGUCUUUUGAUGAAUGCAACACUGUGUAAUGCACGUCUCGUGUCAAAAUUUGACAAAAUAACCAUAAUGGGAAACAACAAAUGAUAUAUCUGUGUGUUUGGCUCAGUGUAAACUCUCACUGUGAUAAUUUGCAGAAGGAUAAUAUUCACUGUAGCAUUGUAUAGUAAACUGCUCUGCUGUUGAGGCAGAUUCUGGAUUUGGAUAAUUUGAGUUGAUACUGAUGAUGCACCACAUUAAUUCUAGCAGUUUGUUUCAAAUGCCUUUAUUUUGAUUUGAUUCAUAUCUGCUUUCUUUUUCUCUGUUGGUAGGGGUUCCUUUCUCAUUGAUAAUUGUAUCAUAUCGCAUAUAUUAGCUAUCAUAAUUUUACAUUUUGUUUUGUCUCAUGCAUAAAGAUCUUUGUCUACUUGUGUUCUUGUUUACACAAUGAAAACACAAUAAACACAAUGAAAAUUGUCUAAAAUACAAGUACAACAUAGAACAUAGAUGGCCAUGACCCUGCACUGGAUAAUAAAACAGAAAAUUAAAUUGCACAUGAAAUAGGCUGUAGGAAAGUUUAUGACUCCAAGAGACUUAAUUUCAGUUUUGGUGAAACCAGCUUUCUGUUUCAGUUGCAGACCAAUCUUCUUUUAAAUCAGAAAUAUCAAACUAAGCUUAUUAUCUAGCGAUUUAGUAUUGUAGUUCCAUAGAUUGAGGGGUCUAGCAAGAGAUAUAUCAACGAAAGAAUGACCAAAAAAAGCAAACAAACUCUGGAUCAUACAUCUCCUACAAUGCAACCUCAGUAGCAUCUUUCAUUAGUCCUUCCUAACACAGUUUCUGUUAAAAAUAUUUGCUCUCCAAGCCCAAAGCCAGAACAACAAAACAAAAAAAUCCUAUAUGAAACAAUAUUUGUAAAGAGUGCAAUAUUUCAAAACAACACUGACCUCUUAAACUUGACGACCUGCGUUAUCUUGUUUCCUUCUUGAUUCUGUUGUUUACAUCUGUAUACAGCAGCAUUAAACAGUCUUUCUGUUAACUGCUUGUUGGAAAUGUUGUUAUCUCAAGCACUGAAGAAAGACUAGAAAUAAUUGAGGGUAUGUGUUUCUACCUAUUUGAUAUAGGUGUGCCUGUUAAGAAAGAGCAAAUGUAUAAUUGUGGUAUUUCCAGAGGUCAGAGAGAGCUGGACAUUCCAGUUUCAUUACCUGUCACAGGAAAGAAAACCUGUGUGAUGGUCUUGAUUUUCAUAUGUAAUGCCUCCCCCGUAAGGAAUGUAAACAAAGAAAAAGCUAAACCAAUAAAAA